AUGGCAAGCAUGGUGGUGAGUGCUUCCACUGGGGUGCUGAGCUCACUCCUCUCCAAGCUAUCAGUGCUGCUUAGUGAUCAGUACAUGCAACGCAAGGGGGUCCGAAGAGAUAUCGAGCUCCUCAGCUGUGAGUUGACUAACAUGAAUGCUGCACUGGAGAAGCUAGCAGACAUGGAGAAUCUUGAUGGCCAAACAAAGGUGUGGAGAGACAAGCUUGCAAACAUGAUUCAUGACAUCAAAGGUCGUGUUGAGGAGCAGAGUAAAAUACGAGAUAGAAGGAUUGAUGAAUCUAUCUCAACAUCUAGAGUGGUGGUGGAAGUUGACCCAAGGCUGCCUGCAUUGUUCGAGGAUGCAGAAAGGCUUGUGGGCAUUGAUGGUCCUCGGGAGGAAAUCACCAAAUUGUUGAUUGAAGAAGAUGGUAGUCUUUCUGGACAACUUAAAGUGGUGUCCAUCGUGGGUUUUGGUGGCCUCGGCAAGACAACACUUGCGAACCAAGUACACGCUAAAAUAAAAAAUGAGUUUGAAUGUUCGGCGUUUGUGUCCGUCUCUAGAACUCCCUACAUGCCAAAGAUUUUAAAGGAUAUACUGUCCGGAGUUGGAUCUGAUGGUAAGGAAGUGGAAGAUGACGUCCAAAAGCUUGUCAAAAUCCUUAGAGCACAACUCACAAAUAAGAGAAAAUGGAUAGCCGAAGGAUUUGUUAGGGAAAGGCAUGAUUUAGAUCUGGAGGAAGCUGCUGAAAAUUGUUUGAACGAACUCAUCAACAGAAGUAUGAUCGAACCAUGCUUCAAUGCUCAUGGUGAGGUGCAGGCAUGUCAAGUUCAUGACCUAAUGCUUGAUCUUAUUAUAUCCAAGUGCAAAAAGGAAAACUUCAUUACUAUAAUUGAUAGGAACUUCACCAUGAUUGGAGCACUGGAAGUUCGUCGGAUCAGCCAUCAGUUCCAUAACAGAGACAUAGCCCUGGUAUUUGAGAAGAUGUGUCAAUCACAAGUUCGGUCAUAUAACUUCUUCCCUGCAGCUGACUGCAUGCCUCCGCUUUCAAAGUUUGAGCUCUUGAGAGUUUUGGACAUGGACCAGCUGGACUCAUAUAGAUAUGUGCGACCAGAAUCUACGUGCCUUGAUUUAUCUUCUAUAAAUCACCUUUUUCUGCUGAGGUAUCUGAGAGUCGCGGGCUUUCGUUUGGUGCAGCCAAAGAAGUUUGGGAAACUGAAACAUUUGAUGACUCUAGAUAUUGAAUCCACAAUAUUGUGCCCCAUGGACCAAUUCUCAGAUUUUACUUCCUUGUCAUCUUUAAGGCAUCUCACUCUUCCAAGACGAGUUGGAAAUGUAGUGCGGAUAAAUGGGCUUAGCAAGCUGUGCAACCUACGCACACUGAUCUAUUUUUGCAUCGGGACUUGUAAUUCCGUAGAGUGCAUCAGAGAUCUUGGUGAUCUGACCAGUCUUAGGGAGCUUAUUAUGAUUUAUUACUCUUGGCCAGGUGACGUAGAAGAUGAUCCUGACACAAUACUGGCUGCCUCUCUUGACAAGCUUGGGAACAGCAACCUCCGUCUUCUGUAUUUUCAUAAGUAUCAGUUUUAUGGCAGGCCCCUCUCAACACAGUUCUGGAGUAAUUUCAUCACACGUCCAAAGCAUCUGCAGAGGCUUCGUUUGGACGGACAUAUAAUACCCAAGGUCCCAAAUUGUAUUGUGCAUGCUGACAGGUUGGCCUAUUUGGAAGAACUACGAGUCCAGGAGCUCGGGCGUGAUGGCAUCCAGGUUCUUGGACAGUUGCCCUGCCUCAUGUACCUCGUGUUAAGAGCUAAAACAAUCCCAGAGAAAAACAUCAUUAUCCACCCAAACACAGUCCCUAGCCUGAAGCAUUUCGAUUUCUCUUGUGAGCUAUCGUUCCUCACUUUUGAGCCAUCCGCGAUGCCAUGGCUACAGAUACUGAACAUAGAUCUUGAUGGUCGUGAAGAAGGUACAAUGCAACUGCCAGAGGGAAGUCCAGUUGGUGGCAUCGAGAACCUUGCUAGCCUUGAAAAGAUCUACUUGUUGAUACGAGCCAAAUGCGUUCGCAGGCAGCCAAGAAGACUAAAAGUAGAGUCCGCAUGCAGGGAAGCCAUCAGAAGGCACCCGAAAAGUCAAUCCAUGCUGAUUUACAGUGUAUACUGUAACGAGUUUGACGAAAUUGGACAUGAAGUACAGGGAGCCAAGAAGACUAAAAAUGAUGGAUUACUGGUACGCUUGAGCUGUCUUUAUUUGUUCCGAUCUUCGUCUCUUCUUUGA